AUGGCCUCCAUGCUGCAAGUCACCGAUCUCUUCGACGCCCACGCUGCUGAAGCCCCCAUCCACCGCCUCGUAUCAGUGCUCAACGCGCAGGCCGCUCAGAUCCGUGAGCUACAGGAAAGUCUGCGUCUUCUGCAAUCUUCGCAGCGCCAAACACGCGCAGUCUGCAGAGAUCUGCGCACCGCCGUCUCUCCACUCGAUCCUCGUAUUAACAGCACGGAGAACGAUGUCGAUGCUUUGAAACAAUUCCAAAUUGCAGCUCAGAAGCAACUUGAGGCGAUCAACCGCCAGCUGCAAGUAAAAGCAGACCGUCAUGAGGUUAAGGAUGUCGAAACUCGAGCCAAAGCGUCAUCAAAACAGCUCGGACAUGAACUCCGCAAUGAACUCGCCACGCUGCAACUGGUGCAAUGUCUGCAGACAGAACAGAGUGAGCUGCACGAGAGGUUGGAGACUGUUGAUAGACGGUUAUCCUCCAAAAUGGACAAGUCGGAAGCUACUCGGCUGGACGGCGUAUUGGUACAAAUUCACGGCUUCCGACCGAUGGUAUCGCAGCUGUCGGCUCAAGUAAAGAGCGUGCAGACGCAACAAGAGCAGCUUGAGCACUCCGUCGCUCUGCUCGACUCGAAUAGCGGAGCUCAUCACAUCCAACUGGAAAAGAUACAGCAACACACGGGCGAUCUUCAGCAGAUGCUCGACGAUGUCGAAGAUCGUCAUCAUCAAGUUGUAGCCCCGCAGAUCCGACGGCUGGACGAUACGACAGAGCAACUGCAUCAGGCGUUGGAUGAGGUCAAAGCUGCUGCGGCAACAAGCGAUACAGCAAUGCGUACACUCUCGGCUAAAUUCCACUCAAGUGCAGGCGCUCUUGCUUGCCAAAUUCAACAACAACAUCACCACAUUGAGGUUGUUGUAGCCAUGUUUGAAUGUGUUGUUGUUGUUAUUGGCGAAAAUUGAUCAUUUUUUCCCCCUGUUUGAUUGCAGGACGAGCUUGAGAAAAUGGCUCCACGUCUUGACACGGAAGCUCAAUUAGCGGAUUUGAGUCGGCAAAUGGCUACAAAAGUGUCCGAUACAGCACACGAAGCUCUAUCAUCCAGUGUAAAAGAUCUGCAACUUCGUUGCCAGAAGCUGACGGAACAUACAGAACUAAGUACGCGGUUUUUGGACUGGUUUGCGCGGCGUGGAGAAGCGUACGAACACAAUCUUGAGCUCGUAGAAACUCAACUGGGGCGGCUGGCUAUGGCUUCGCAUCCUCGGAGUCGUGAGCCGUUCGGGGAGCAAGUUCGCUAUCCUCGAUCUCCUUGACAAAUCUAGAUUUUAGAUUUUAGAACGCUU